AAUCCGCCGGAAAAUCUCCUCUGCUCAUUGUUAAAAAAAGACCCAACUCAGCAGACUGCUAUUGACAACUUCAUGGUCCAUGAACUUGAUGGAACCCAGAACGAGUGUGGUUGGUGCAAGCAAAAGCUUGGAGCAAAUGCCAUUCUUGCUGUUUCUCUUGAUGUUUGCAAAGCUGGGGCCGUUGUCAGUGGCAUUCCUCUCUACAAGCAUAUUGCCAAUCUUGCUGGUAACCCUAAGAUCGUGCUACCGGUUCCUGCUUUCAACGUCAUCAAUGGUGGAUCACAUGCAAGAAACAAACUUGCUAUGCAGGAGUUUAUGAUUCUCCCUAUUAGAGCUUCAUCUUUCAAAGAAGCCAUGAAAAUGGGUGUUAAAGUUUACCACCACUUGAAGUCUGUGAUCAAGAAGAAGUAUGGUCAGGAUGCCACCAACGUUGGUGAUGAAGGUGGCUUUGCACCAAACAUUCAGGAGAACAAGGAAGGUCUUGAAUUGCUCAAGACUGCCAUUGAGAAGGCUGGCUACACUGCCAAGGUCGUCAUUGGUAUGGAUGUUGCCGCUUCUGAGUUCUACUCAUCAGACAAGACCUACGACUUGAAAUUCAAAGAAAAUGUGGAAAUUUUACUCCCUUAUUGAUCGCUUCCUCAUGAUAAAACGUAAGAUUUUUCCUAACUUAUAGAUCCUGCUCUGUUUGUUUCUCUA